UCUGAGGAACACGUAUUCAGAAGAGUAUGCUUGCAUUCGAAACGACUGUGCUUUUUUUGUUGUUGAAGUAGCUGAUCUCCACAAACUCACGGAUUUUUAAUAAUCCUUGGAUAACGAUGGAUGUUUCCGUGUGGAUUCUGUUCCCUCUGCUUUGUUUAUGGGAGGCAUCAUCCGGUCAGAUUUCCUACUCGGUCUCGGAGGAGGUAAACAGGGGAACUGCUGUUGGAAAUAUCGUUAAAGAUCUCAAUCUCAAUGUUCAGGAACUGGAGUCUCAUAUGUUUCAGGUUGUAUCUGAAUCGAGCAAGAAGUAUUUUGAUGUGAAUCUGAAGUCCGGUGUUUUGUUCGUGAAUGAGAGAAUCGACCGAGAAGAGCUUUGCGGGAAACAUGAGAAAUGCUCUCUGAGUGUAGAGGCUGUUGCGCACAAUCCAAUGAGCAUAUUUCGCGGUGAAAUAACUAUUUUAGAUAUAAAUGACAAUGGUCCAAUCUUUACUGUAAAAAUCGUGACGUUGAAUGUUUCUGAAAACGCGGCGGUGGAUGAGCGUUUUCUUCUACCUUUAGCUGAGGACGCGGAUGUGGGCAGUAACUCAGUCAAGACCUACAAGCUGAGUGCAAAUGAACACUUCUCUCUGGAUGUGCAGAGCGGAGGAGAGCAGAGUUUGUCUGCUGAGUUAGUGCUACAGAAACCUUUAGACCGAGAGAAACAGACUGUGAUUCAGAUGGUACUGACUGCUGUAGACGGAGGAAAACCUCCCAUAUCAGGGACGGUACAGAUUAUGGUGAACAUUUUGGAUAUCAACGAUAAUAACCCCGUUUUCAGCAAACCUCUUUAUAAAGUGAAAGUGACAGAGAAUGUUAAGAUGGGUACCAAAAUAAUAUCUCUAACUGCAACAGAUUUAGAUGAAGGUAUGAAUGGUAAAAUUAUCUAUUCUUUUAACAUAUCUUAA